AUGACGUACUCUCCUGAGCAAUACCAAGCUAGCAAGGAACGUAUCAAAGCAGCGCAGAAGCGCUACUACCAGCGCACACGCGAAGCCCGUUUAUCUUAUCAAAAAGACUUCGAGCUCGCAAGCGUAAACCCAAAACCGAACUUAUUGAUGGUGAAGUCGAACUUAAUAAUGAAACCGAACUUAAUUAAAUAA